AAAAGCAUUUUUUGUAGUGAAUUAAAGUUGAAUGUCUGCUGCGUUUUCAAAACAGAUUACGAAAAAAGUAACCGGUUUUGUUUCUUGGGCCGAUAAAUAGAUUAACAGAAAGUUUAGACGUGUAAUUUGCAGUAUUGCCGUUUUGCUUCAUAGUGAAUAAAGUUUUAUCUGGAAAGCAUUUAUCAGUAAACUGCUUGAAAAUUGUUGAAAAGUGCAGUAAGAUUUGCAAACGCCACGAUACUACUUUGUAAAAAUAGUGUGCUGUUGAGCGAAGAAAGUACUGUUGAAGAGCGAUAAAGAAACGGAAUAUAUUUGCACGAACAACUGCACAAAGCAAAAGAGCCACAGCAAAAAAGUGAUCGACAUCAUUUCAUCUGUAGUUGAAGAAGUUUUGUCCCAGACGACUAACUAAGCAGACAGAACACUGGAACGUAUAUAGACAAAGCUCCUAUUGGAACAGGCAAACCGAUAAAAAUCAUUAGAAAUCCUUCGCCUGUAGGGAGCAGAAGUCAGUAGUUGCCAUACAAAACAAAAUAUAUUCAUCGCCUAAUUUCGCAAGUGACAGUGCCUGACGGUAGCGGAAAUAUGAAUGGCUCAAGUUACGAAAUCAAUACGAAUGGAGAUAUUCUAUCACAGAAUCAGCAGAAGGGCUGGUGGACCAUUGGGCUUAUAAAUGGGCUGUAUAAAUAUAUGACAGCCGAGACCUUUGGCUACAAGCUGAAUGCCAAUGGAGCUAGUCUAAAGAAAAAACAACUCUGGACACUAGAACCUUCCAACACCGGAGAAAGUAUUAUUUAUUUAAAAUCACAUCUCGGCAGAUACUUGUCAGUGGAUUCAUUUGGCAAUGUAUUGUGCGAGUCGGAGGAACGUGAUGCAGGAAGUCGCUUCCAGAUAAGCAUCGCCGACGAUAACUCAGGACGGUGGGCGCUGAAAAAUGAACAGCGUGGUUAUUUCCUUGGUGGAACACCCGAGAAACUUACAUGCACAGCUAAAGCUCCAGGCAAAGGCGAAUUUUGGAGUGUACAUCUUGCCGCCAGGCCACAGGUGAAUCUACGCUCUGUUGGACGUAAACGUUUCGCUCAUUUGUCCGAGUCACAAGAUGAGAUUCACGUUGAUGCCAAUAUACCGUGGGGUGAAGAUACGCUUUUUACUUUGGAGUUUCGUGCUGAUGAGGAGGGUCGAUACGCAUUACAUACUUGUAACAAUAAAUACCUCAACUCCACCGGUAAGCUAGAAACCAAAUGUACCGACGAUUGUCUGUUCAGUGCUGAGUAUCAUAGUGGUCAUUUGGCGUUGCGUGAUCGUCAUGGACUAUAUUUGUCACCAAUUGGCUCAAAAGCUGUUUUGAAGUCACGAUCACAAACAGUUACUCGAGACGAAUUGUUUUCUUUAGAAGAUUCUUUGCCCCAAGCAUCGUUCAUUGCUGCACUGAACAAUAAGUAUGUUUCAGUGAAGCAAGGUGUUGACGUAACUGCUAAUCAGGACGAAAUUGGAGACAACGAAACAUUCCAACUAGAGUAUGACUGGUCUGCUCAUCGUUGGGCUUUGCGGACUACACAGGACCGCUAUUGGUGCCUCUCAACGGGAGGUGGCAUUCAGGCUACUGGAAAUCGUCGCUCUGCGGAUGCGUUGUUCGAGCUGGAAUGGCAUGGCGACGGAUCAGUGUCUUUCCGUGCUAACAAUGGAAAAUUGCUCUCAACUAAACGUUCCGGACAUCUUUUUGCUACAGCUGACGUUUUUGAGGAUACUACCAAGUUCUACUUCUACCUUAUUAACCGUCCGAUUUUGGUACUAAAAUGCGAGCAGGGUUUCGUGGGCUACCGUGCACCGGGUAGCAAUAAAUUGGAAUGCAAUAAGGCUGUCUAUGAAACAAUUUUGGUCGAACGGGCUCAAAAAGGUGUUGUCUACUUCAAGGGUCAAAAUGGAAAAUACUGGAGGAUCGAUGGUGAAGGAAUAGCAGCAGAUUCAGAUACACCGAUUGAUGGAUUUUAUAUUGAACUACGGGAACCCACACGCAUUUGCCUACGAUCGAAUGACGGUCGGUACCUUGGAGCAACUAAGAAUGGUACUUUCAAGCUGGUGGACACUGGCUACGAAACUGCAACUCAGUGGGAAUACUAAACAAUUUGGUCCAAUGCGUUGCAUCUUAUCCGUUCGAGUAUACUCGCACUCGAAAUUUUAGCAUGUUAGGUUACUCUUCUUCACUAUUAAAAAAAGCGUCAGAACAGCUUCCUUGAAGGAAGAAAAAACUGCAAGUCAAUCACUGCACAAAGCAAUCAAUUUCUUUCAUUCUUUCGCUAAAAACAAAAUUUUAUUUGUAAAUUAAUUUUAUAGUCCUGAUUACAGAUAUUAUAUUAAAAACUCUAAUAGAACACAUGUGAAACAAAAAAUUAAGCGCAUUCUGUAACGUUAAGACUUCAUUUUGAGUGAACUUUGUCAUUCAAAAUAAUCCUAAUACGAUACAUGCGUACAUUUAUUGCAAUAUACAUCAACAACAUACAUCAAAAGCUAAACUAGUUAUAGUACUUAGUGAUCAAUACAUGAUAAACGCAACUAUCGUAACAUUAAAUAUGACUAGUAAACGAUUAUUUAAACAUACACUUUUCCUACGCUGUCUUGUCCUUUUUGGUAUGAAUGAAAAAAAUAUUAACGUUGUUUUGAGACUGUAUUCGCCACCAACAAAUUUGACGUUGACGGAUAGCACGAUCAAAGCGCAUGAAAUACACUAAAAGUGCAGAAAAUAAAAUGCUUUUUAGACAUGAAAUACAUUGGAAAUGCCCAGACUACCAGCAAGUUGAUACACCGCUUUUAAUUUAUCAUUUCCACAGCAAAGAGUCGAUCGUGUUGAAUAGAACCAAAUACUGCCAAAAUAUGACUUAUGAACAA